GGCAAGUUAGUAAAUGACAACUUUUUACUCCACCCCAAAUCACACGAAGAAGCAUGCGUUUGUUCUGUUGCUGCUGUUUAUCCAGCGGUUUGGCCGUUUCAGGUGUAGUGUGAAGGUCAGAAACUGAAGACAGACUAAAAUUCAACUUUGGGUCCGUGGAAGCUGUGGAAAUGGUGAAGAAUUGAUAAGGCAAAGAAAUUCAACCAGCCUAGCGGAUUAAGGUUCAACCCAUGCUUGAACAUCAUUUCCACUUCGCUUGAACAGGAAUUUAUCACACUGUUGUGAUAAAAGUGAUGAAUGAGGGUCGCUCUGCUACGACCCUCCUGAGAAGGUGCCACCUUGCCCUGUCCAAGCCUGACACCGUCGGCUCGCUCCCAACCAGUACAGCCCUCUCUCUCGAUCCAAACGAUGGGGAUCAGGCUGGGAAUGACGGGCAGUUCUUGUCGGAAUUCUCAGAAUUGUUUGAGAGCGCGGAUGGCUCCCCAUCUACUCAGGACCGUGGGCAGGAUUCGGCCCAGGAAACGGUUCAGUCCGGCCAAGCGGCAGUGGAUGGGAGACCAAACCUGCGGAUGAAGUUCCAAGGUGCUUUCAAGAAGGGCAUUUCAAACCCCAUGGAUCUACUGGAAUCCACCAUAUAUGAAUCAAACGUUGUUCCAGGUCCAAAGAAAGCACCCAUGGACUCCCUCUUUGACUAUGGCACUUACAGGAACACGAGUAACCAGAAACGACGCAGGAAGAAGUUGCCCAGAGGUAAAACAGAGACAUCCAAUGUAGACGGUGCAAGUGAGGACCCCCCAAAGGUUAUGAAAGUCUUCAACCGCUCAAGCCUCUUUGAAUGUGUGUCACGCGGCGAUCCCGAGGCCCUGGAGGGUCUGUUGGAGUACUUGCAAAGUAAUGACAAGCGACUGACGGAUGAGGAGUUCAAAGAGCCGUCCACUGGUAAGACAUGUCUUCCCAAAGCCCUGUUGAACCUCUACAACGGGCAGAAUGACACCAUCCCACUGCUGGUGGACAUAGCAGAGAAGACAGGAAGCCUGAGGGAGUUUAUUAACACGCCUUUCAGGGAUGUCUACUACAGAGGCCAGACGGCGCUCCACAUUGCCAUCGAGCGUCGUUGUAAGCAGUAUGUGGAACUACUUGUGGAGAAAGGCGCUGAUGUUCACGCGCAGGCCAGAGGACGCUUCUUCCAACCCAGGGACGAGGGCGGCUACUUCUACUUUGGUGAGCUUCCUCUCUCGCUGGCCGCGUGCACCAACCAGCCUAACAUUGUGCACUACCUGACCGAGAAUCCCCACAAGAAGGCCGACCUGAGGCGCCAAGAUUCCCGGGGCAACACAGUCCUGCACGCCCUGGUGCACAUUGCGGACAACACCAAGGACAACACCCGUUUCCUCACAAAGAUGUAUGACCUGCUUCUGAUCAAGAGCGCCAAACUUUAUCCAGACUGCAGCCUGGAGAAGGUGCUCAAUAAUGAUGGCAUGUCUCCACUUAUGAUGGCGGCCAAACUGGGCAAGAUCGGGGUUUUUCAACACAUCAUCCGCCGUGAGAUCAAAGAUGAGGAUGUCCGUCAUUUGUCACGCAAGUUUAAGGACUGGGCUUAUGGACCAGUGUACUCCUCCCUCUAUGAUCUGUCUUCAUUGGACACAUGUGGAGGUGAACCAUCUGUGCUGGAGAUCCUUGUUUACAGCAGUCGCAGUGAGAUCCGCCAUGAGAUGCUGGCAGUGGAGCCCAUCAAUGAACUGCUGAGGGCCAAGUGGCAGAAGUUUGCAGCUGUGACCUUUUACAUCAACGUAAUUUCCUACCUCUUCACCAUGAUUGUCUUCACCCUGGUGGCUUAUUACCACCCGACACAGGGAACGCCCCCGUACCCUUAUACAACAUCCAGCGACUACUUGCGGAUGGCAGGAGAGGUCAUUACAUUAGCAUCCGGUAUCUUCUUCCUCCUCACCAACAUUAAGGACCUCUUCUUGAAGAAAUGCCCUGGGGUGAAGUCAUUAUUUAUUGAUGGAUCCUUUCAACUGCUGUAUUUCAUCUACUCGAUACUGAUCAUAGUCACAGCUGCUCUCUACUUAUCUGGCAUUGAGGCUUACGUGUCAGUGAUGGUCUUUGCUCUUGUCCUGGGCUGGAUGAACACACUUUACUUCACCAGAGGCCUCAAGCUCACUGGUACCUACAGCAUCAUGAUACAGAAGAUUCUUUUCAAAGACCUGUUCAGGUUUCUACUGGUGUACGUACUUUUCAUGAUUGGCUACGCAUCAGCUCUGGUAUCCCUCCUCACUGUGUGUCCACCCCCGGGCACGGACUGUGAUGGAGACUGCCCGACGUACCCCAAGUGCAGGGACCAUGACACCUUCAGUAUCUUCUUACUGGACCUCUUUAAACUGACCAUCGGGAUGGGAGAGCUGGACAUGAUCCACAGUGCUCAGUACCCUGCAGUUUUCCUCGUUCUGUUAGUGACUUACAUCAUCCUCACCUUUGUGCUGCUGCUCAACAUGUUGAUCGCCUUGAUGGGGGAAACGGUGGGCCAGGUGUCCAAGGAGAGCAAAAAGAUCUGGAAGCUGCAGUGGGCAACCACCAUCUUGGACAUCGAACGCUCUUUCCCACUUUGUAUUCGCAAAUCAUUUCGAGUAGGCGAGAUGGUUACUGUAGGCAAGAAUUGGGAUGGAACACCUGACCGACGAUGGUGCUUCAGAGUGGAUGAGGUGAACUGGUGCCACUGGAAUCAGAACUUGGCAAUAAUCAAUGAGGACCCAGGCAAGAAUGAGACCUGCCAGGCCAACGGCCUGCAACAAAGUGUCAGAGGCUUGAGGAGGGACCGCUGGUCCACCGUGGUCCCACGAGUGGUGGAGUUAAAUCGGGGUCCGCGGCCUCGCGAUCUCGUGAUAGAGAUGGAACCCCUCACGUCCAGGCAUUGACGGCAACAGAAGACUAAGGCUGUCAUCGUAGUUACAAGACAACAAGAGUUUUGUGUGCACUCAUUUUCACAUGUGCCUUUUAUUCAUGGGACCAAAUUGGAAAUAUUAUUUCUCAAAAGCCAAAGGGAUUAUGAGGUGCCCUUAUAAAUGGAUAAAUUGGACAAUGGAUGUGCAAUGUGUCCAAUAAACCGCUAUUUAUGGUUAAAAUCAAGAAUAUUAAUGACCUACUUUGGCUGUAAUACUGUAUAUGUCACAAAACGCAUCAUAAAAAUUUUACUCAGGGACUUGACAAGGUCAGAAUACUGUAUUCCCAUAAUUGAGUCCUCCAGAAUCAUGAUUACUGAAUCAUGACAUUAACAGUGCAAAGAGUGAUUCAUAUCUAGAACGAGACAUUCUCAGUAGGAUGAAAACACAUCAAUAAAUAUUUUUCUAGUUCAGGAUUGUGAGUGUUUGCUAGGGUUAUAUUAGUGAUUUCUGUUUGGUGUUAACGAUAUAUUUUUAAAAACUAGUCUUAAGCCUAGGCUGCUGCUAAGCCCGGAAUCUUUUAUUGGAGCUAAACAAUGCACUGUGCUCAUUCCCAAUAUAUGCAUUAUUGUCGCAAAACAUAGACAUUGUUCUGCAAAUACGGGCGGGCCUGAUGAGCAAGGUUACAGUUGUCAAGCAAGUCGUAGACAAUAGCUUCACGUGUUAUGGUUUGUCUUAGGGUUAUUACGCUCCUCGCAGCUGCGGGAAAUUUGCAUAAUCGACGCAAGGGCCUCGCCUGUAUUUUCUCGAGUACAUUCACCGCAUUUGGCUCCUUGCCCUGUUCGAGAUCUUGUUUUUGUGCUUCCUACUUAUGUGUAUAUGCUGCAUAUAAUGCAUAUUCAUAUUUGAGUUAUUGCGCUUUCAUUUGAACAGUUAAAGAGGUAUGGAUUGAGUCUUCGUUUUCAUUGAUGCUUCACACCUGAAGGUCACAGGUCACAUUUCACUAUGUUUACUUUCUUGUGAUGAAUAUUUUGUGUACAGUUAAUUGGUGGUCACAAAAAUUCCCAAAACAAAACAAUAAACAGAGAGAGGUUUAUGUAUUUUGUAUAUUCUUUGACCUACAGUAUCCGUAACACACUGUUAAAUUCAAUACAGUACAGUAUGGUAAAAGCUGGUAGAACGGUUUCUCCCUGAAAGUACCCAGUCAGCAAAAUUGGUCUUGCCCAGCUCUGGGGCAGACUGGGCAUGUACGCUCGGCCCACAUACCUCAAUGAAUGACGGUCCUGCAGUGGCCCACGUCUGUCAUCUAUGAUGAUCUGAGCCGCAUUGUAAAAUCAUAUCUGGCCCUACUCCGGCCCGACGCUGGGCCAGAACAGGUUCCUGAUAUCAGUCUGAAUUCAACCUCAACUAAGCCACUUUGGCUGCAGACAACAGAGAAAAGCAAAGGACAUGAUGACCUAAUGAGGACUUAAUGAGUACAACCACUGUAGAGAACGGCUGGAUAAUAGUGAAAGAAUUCAUUAUUUUAACUGAAUAAAAAUGGUGACGUCUCAAAGCUACUGAAUUGCCCUAUCUAAUAAAAUGAAGGUUCAGCUUCCCAUUUCGUGAAGUUUCCUUUUGUCGUUUGAGGGUUUCUGCUGUUCUCGCUGAUCGCCUGCUGGCGGCAGCAGAGGGCUGUCAUGUGGCACUUGAAAUGAUACGAGCAGGAUGUUGAGCGUUCGUUUCGAAUCUCGUCUGUAAAUAUGAUAUUUCACUCCAUAUUCUUAUUUUUUAUAAUGACGAAUAAUUCCUAAAAGAAUGCACACACCUUCUAAAUAGUUUUCUGCCAACCCGUGGCUGACCUCACUGUCACACCUGGCCGGUAAUUACCGGCUUUUGCCUUCUUAAUGAAAGCACUCGCCGGAAACCAUUCAGUGCAUUUCACCUUUAAUUACUAUUACUUACCUUUCCUCUUUUCCUUCUUUUUUUUUAAACAUGACGCGACAAAGGUGAUUCUCACUCAGAUAACAAUAGGGGCACAACCUGGAGCCCUCAACCCCCCCUCACCACUUGCUCUCAUCUCUCUCGGCCAGCAAUGCUGAAGGACAUGCAGGGAAUCUCUUGCCACCUCAGAAGAGAAGAGGCUAAUCCUCUUUGCCCCAACUUUAACUGGGCCACUAAUCCUGCAGGUUUAUCUAAGCAGCAAGCACCUAGUGCUGCUGACAAGUUGGCCUGCCCUCCUCCUUGCAGCCCCUUAAGUAGGCCAGGCCUCGGUCCUGCAAGUAUCACUGUCAGCAACUCUGGAGAUGCACACUUGCACAGGAAAUGCGGGCAGUUAACAAAUGUGUGCUUGCCGCGAGAAAUGUGUGUCAACCAAUACUGUAGUGGAGAAUCAUGUUCACUUCACUGCGGGGCAAACUCUCAAACUACAAAUGAGGGAAAGCUGUUGUAAGCUCAGCAACCGGCAGCACAAAAUGUUCAGCCAUUGUCCAGCUAGCAAAGCUUUAAGGUGUUUAGGCUGAUAAGUAGCACACAGAUUCUUUGCUGGGAUUUAGCCAACUCAUUUAUGCACGACGUGAUGUUGCUGACCGCUCAGCUCGUCCAGUGCAAUUUUCAGUCUGCGCACCAGAAUCCUGCACUCAACUCAAAAAGGAGACAACUCCCAGAACAGCUCGAGGUUUAAUUUUCUCUUUGCUGAAAUAAUUGCACGAAAUACUUCCCAUGAUCCCCGGUGAAAUAUUACACCAAUGUGCAGUAUUUCUAAAUUGAAUGAGCAAUCUCAGGGAGCACUGGGAGACGAUGAGCCACAGACAUAUUGCUUGCGUAGCCCGUUGGAUGACCUUUUAGUUCGGCAGAUGAAACGAGGUCACUGAACCCAAAAUGUUUCAGGGUGCCUGAAGUGACAGGCGAGGGCAGUGCACUGCCGGGCCUCCAUCGGCAUUGCUCAUGAUUUAUUGUUGAAUUGCCAGCGAGUCAAUGUGGCGUGCAGGUGAAUGAGUUUUGCUAAUAAGAGAAGCAUUUCUGCUCCACAGAGCUCUUUUUUCUGUCCGAGUGAGCGUGCAUGAAAUCAGUGUGCAGUCUCCCAGUAACGCACGCUCUGGUGGAGGAGGCGCCCUCAUCAGUCUCCACUUUAUCUCAUGUUUUUAGGUGGGUGGAGAACGUGUGAGUGAGGGGACAAAGAGGGGAAAAUAUCAUUAAUAUUAAUAGUUCUUGAAUGUGCCUGUGUUGUUUAAACAGGAAGCGUUGUUAGAACAAAAAUAUUUUUCCAUGAAAAGUUUGUGAACUAUGUGCUUGCUG